GCGGGACUGUGGCGGGCAUUCUGACACUGGGGGGAACUAACUGCCACUGGCAUCCCAAUGACACUAAUACAGUGAUCAGUGCUAAUAAAAAGCACUGAGACUGUACUAAUGACACUAGGCAGGAGGGGGUUAACAUCUGGGGUGAUCAAAGGGUUAACUGUGUGCUGUUUUACAUGUCUUGUGUGUGUAUUAAUAUCUCCUGCACACUGCUUUGUAUGGCUCUGCAUAGCAGAGCCAUACAAAGCAGUGUGCUUACAGUUGAAAGCACACAGAGCUUACAGUAAAACA